GGCUUGGCGGGGGUUGUUUUUACCCUGGCCGCGGUGCCUGGCGUUCUGCAGGAGCUGCUUCGCGUGGAGACGUGAGGUGGUGUGGACAGGGUCUCUUGCGGCGCAAGGGAACCAGGACGACCGGAGGGGAGCAGGGAGCGGGCGAGCGAGCCCAUAGCCGUCAGCCCCCGUGAUGUCAGCGCAAUGCUGUGCAGGCCAGCUGGCCUGCUGCUGUGGGUCUGCUGGCUGCUCCCUCUGCUGUGGCUGCUGCCCCAAAAUCCGGCAGUCGCGGAGCACGCGCUUCAUGUACGCGCUCUACUUCAUUCUAGUCGCCGUCCUCUGCUGCAUCAUGAUGUCAGAAACUGUGGCUAAUGAGAUGAAAGAGCACGUGCCAAGCACUGUGAAGCACUGUGUGAGGUGCAGGGGAUGUAAGUAUGCUCCUAACAUAGUCAUCGUCCUUACUGAACUGACCUUCAGGCGGGGGGCGAAGAGAACAGUUUGGUUAAUCAUGUACACUCCAAUCACCUCAUUUCCUUUUGGAUGGUCUUCUUUUGCAGCCUGGCGCUAUGUGGGCGCCAUCGGAGGCUUCUUCUUUAUAGGCAUCCAGCUUAUCUUGCUUGUGGAGUUUGCACAUAAAUGGAACAAGAACUGGACUGCAGGCACAGCCCACAACAAGCUGUGGCACGCCUCUCUGGCCCUGAUGACACUUAUCAUGUACUCCGUUGCCACUGGAGGCUUGAUUUUGAUGGCAGUGUUUUAUACACAGAACGAUGGCUGCCUGGAAAACAAAAUUCUCCUGGGGGUAAAUGGAGGCUUAUGCCUGCUUAUUUCAGUGGUAGCCAUCUCUCCCUGUGUCCAAAAUCGACAGCCACACUCUGGGUUGCUGCAGUCAGGUCUCAUAAGCUGCUAUGUGACAUAUCUCACUUUCUCAGCUCUGUCCAGCAAACCUGUAGAAGUGGUUCUAGAUGAACAUGGGAAGAACGUUACCAUCUGUGUGCCUGACUUUGGUCAAGACCUGUACAGAGACAAAAACUUGGUUACUGGCCUGGGCACCACUCUCUUGUUUGUGUGCAUCUUAUAUUCAUGUUUGACAUCGACAACAAGGUCAAGUUCUGAUGCUCUGCAGGGACGAUAUGCAGCUCCUGAACUGGAAGUUGCUCGGUGCUGUUUUUGCUUCGGCCCCAAUGGAGAGGACACUGAAGAGCAGCAGAACAUGAAGGAGGGACCACGGGUCAUUUACGAUGAGAAGAGAGGCACCGUCUAUAGCUAUUCCUAUUUCCACUUCGUUUUCUUCUUGGCUUCCCUCUAUGUGAUGAUGACUGUCACCAGCUGGUUCAACUAUGAAAGUGCCAACAUUGAAACCUUCUUCAGUGGGAGCUGGUCUAUCUUCUGGGUCAAGAUGACCUCCUGUUGGAUUUGUGUGCUGUUGUACCUGUGGACACUGGUUGCUCCACUCUGCUGUCCCUCCCGGCAGUUCUCUGUGUGAGGAUCUGAGCAGACCCCUUGGUUCAGCAGGCCUGGAGGCUGCACAGGGUAGCCUUUGAACAAGUGGCCCAGGGAUCUGAGCAGUGAUUGGUGCUUUGUGCAAAGCUGGCAUCCCCUGUCUCACUUGAGUGGACCUGAAAGGCUUUUUAAUUCUGAAAUUCAAACAGCAUACCAAUUUAUCUCAAAAGAAUUGAAAUUUCAAUCAAACUGAUCCUGAGAGAUAAUACAUUUUACAUGUGUCUUACCCCUAAGAACUGGAAUAAUAGGCUAGAAUUUUCUGUCUGCAUGUUUUUUACCAAAACAGAGUUUGGGCAUGCCAUCUUAGCAUAAAAACUUACCUUCUGUGGUCUAUCAUUCUUACCCUUGGAAUAGAAGAACACACCAAAAUCAUGAGCCCUCAGCCCCUGAGAGAGUGCAGACUCCUCAUCUUCAGUGGGCUCUGUGGACAGCCCUCACUCAGCCUGCAGGACCCCGCUCACAGUUCCUUGGUAUUUAUAGGGUACAGCAGGAAGCACCUGCUUUCUACUCUACCCUGUGCUAUUUCCUCCUGGCCCCAAACAUUUCCCUUAGAAGCUGUGGUGCUGGGAGUCACAGACUUCACUUUCUGCCCUUGCCCUUCCCGAAGGUCCCCUCACCCUUCUGGGUUUGGCACCUUUGCAAUGUGAAAAAGCACAAUUUGCCAUCCACCCGUGUGGUCCUCCACCGUAUAUUCACUACCUGUCUGAGUGACUGCGAUAAUCAUGACUCUUCUUUGUGGUAUAAUUCAUAUGAUUAUAGAACAGUAUUCAUGUUGUGUCCUUUGCCUAAGCAGUGGAGGGCUAUAGUUCUUACUUGUUUGUGUAGUAGAUUAUAAUUAAUACUUCAGGACCUUGCCUGAAAAGUUGCUUCUUGACUGAAGCCUGCUGCAUCCCUCUUUCAGUUAUUAAAGUCAGCCAGUUUCUCUCCCACCUCGAGGCCUUCAAAUUAUAAAAGCAGAAGGGCUUUUGUUUUCCAGAUCUGUAAUGUGACCACACUGCUGAUGUCCGUUAUGGUUUUUUGGAGUAGAUUUGUGAGGUGAGGAUUCCCAGCAGCUCUGAAACUGCACUGACUAGAUAAGGCCUAUUAUACACAUUGUAAAUAUGGCCAAAUAGUACUUACAGGAGAAGGUGGGUGGUGGGGCUAUUUAAUUAAGCCAUAAAAAAUCAUCCACAGAAACUUUCUAAAUAUAUAUUGUAAAUUGUAACAUUCAUAAUAGAUUUGACUUUAGGUGGCUGCCCAAGAAGAUACCCAUUUUCAGUGUUGAGGUUCUCAGGAAGAGUUCUCUCAGUGAAAAGUCCACUAGAGCCCCCAGUGGACACAAUGGUGAGGAUGCUCCUGCUAGUAUUUCAUGCAGGAUGCAAAGAAUCCUCCCCAGCUCCCUGGCAAAGGUGGUGUGAAAAUGAAAAGACCUGGCCCGCACUGUCUGUGCCCUACUGAAUGGGUUGGGCAGAAUUGGGUCCCACCUAAGCUGGGCUCCAAUGUGCCAAAAUGCUGGUGUGGGGAGGUCAGAUUCUUCAUUCUUUCAUUUUUGGAAGGACCCAAGAAAACAAAGGGGGGACGAUAAAUACAACUGACAAAUUCCUCUAGGAACUUGCCUUAUUUAUAACAUUUGUGAUUCCUUUUAAAAGGCACUCACUCAUUUUGUGUCUGUGUGAAAGCCUUUGUUUUGUGAACUUCAUCAAAUUGCUUUUUUGAGGCCAGGAGCUCUUGGAGCUCUGCAAUUGAAAGAUCACUGGAGUCCCAGGAUGAAUAGCCACCACUCAGCCUGUUCAGCUUGUGCGUGUGGGAGCCCUGCAGGUCAGCCAACUGGGUGAGGGGAUGGGGAUGUGUGGGCAGGGGCCCCUGCAGUGGCUGGAGUGGGGCCAGGGGCUCUGGGUAAGCUGAGGUUGGCUUUAGGAAAGACCCAAGGAGAGACCGAUCAAGAGCCAGGAUGGUAUUGGCUAGCUUCAUGUUUGGCCUCAGCAGCCAGCUGUGUGGCUUUUAGGACUGGACCCAGGUCAAGAUCUAACCGACAAGGCUGUGUUCCAUGGCUGCCCUUUGUUGGUGCCCUGCCCCUGUAGAACGAAGCUCAGGGAAACAUCCAGGAGGUUGUUCAUGCCAGUAGCAGGGCCCUCAGAGCCUCCGUUUCAGCCCACCCAGUUUCCCAGCUGCGUAAGUCAUGGUUUGGGGCCUAAAGUUCCUUUGUUGAAUUUGGUCUGACAUAAGAGGAAGAGUUACAGUCACUGAUUUUUAUUCUCAAAAUUGAAUCUGAAUGAUGGAAAGAGAUGUGGUUAGACUCUGAGGACUAAGGGCAUAUGCAUAAGUUGAUUUCAAUGAUUGUUAUAAUAAACAAUACUCAGGUGAUGAGUCAACUUUCAUGGAUUUAAAGAACCUACAUUUUUGUUCUAUUGUGAUUUAAGAAACUGGAAAUAUGGUGCCAACUGCUUUGAGUUGUUCUAAUGACAGUGUUCCCAUAAUACAUUGACGGAUACCUUUGUUAAACAAUAGACUUGUGUUUCCUAUAACUUUUCAUACAUGAUUUAAAAAGUGCAUUCCCAGAAGCUGCUGGUCAGACUCCUUAGCAUGGAAGCUGAAGAUUUUUUAAAACUGUGUGUGUAUUUCCCCUGUGCUAUUCAUCUGACUUGGAAAUUUCCCCCCGCCACCCCCUUCAUUUUCAUGAA